GUUGUCGAUUUUUUUUUUGGUUUCCAGCGUACCAGCGAUUUAAAGUGCAGGUUGAGGCCGGGUUUACAUGUUGGAGGGCAGUAUUUGCAACUAUAUGAUGAUGAUAGCAUAUCAUUAACAACGAGGGAUAUAAGAAGGGGGAUGGAACCGUUUGGGGGCCGUGAGAGAUAGCACUGUAAAGAUGAAGUUCGCAUGUGUUUGCGUAUGCCUUUUGCUUACUUGUGGGGCAGCUGCCAACACAGUGGGAGGUAUUAGAGAUUUUAAACUGGUGCCCAAAAAGGCCCUAGAUAACUAUAAGAUAGUUAAAGUGGCCAGUUCUGCAGGGCUCUUGGAUGUGGAAAACUUCAAGAGCCGUGACAAUGUUAUCGUUUGCGAAGAAAACGGAUCGGUGAUUCUACACUCGUCAAAGCUAGAUACUGCUAGCAGAACCGGAGGGACCAUGUUCAGUGGAGCAUCCAACACCAAGGAAAAUAAGAAUAAGUGGUACGAAUUCAACGGAGGAACACGAACCACGGUCCUCGGACCCAGGAUCCCAAUCUCUGGGUGCUUGAAUAGCCAGCACGGAGACGGAGGGUCCCUAGUCUUGAACAUCGGGUUUACUUUAGGUGGAACCAGUAGCGCAGACUUUGGGUACGCUAUCGAUUACGGGGGGAACUGGAAAGCAACUUUGGACUAUAUGCUUUCUGUUGAAACAACCUUGACUAUAAGUGGUGCUUACACUUGCACGGUUCCAGCCAACUCCACGGGGCAAGUGUUUAUGCAAGCCCAUUUCGUUGAAAUUGAAGACUGCAAAGUCCGUGAACUAAACGUUGAACAUUCCCGUAGUUGGAAAAAUCCAACCACGAAGAAACCCAGAAACGUUGAAGCUACCGACUGGCGAACGCAUCCCAAAGUCAGAGUCAACUCGCUCAGUACAAAGCCCAUCUUUACCUGUAUCUCUGACCCCAGAUACUUGGCCUGCGGUGCCAAAAUCCCUGGUUAUGGUGAUACCAUUUCUUAAAACGUUUAUGUGG